AUGGCAGUAUUGCUCAUCAAAACGUUGCUUGGCGACCGUUUUAAUUAGAAACACCUGCAGCCUCUGGUUCACAUUGGAAGUUUUUUUUACCUGCUUUGUUUGAUGAAACUCUAUUUUAUACUGAGGACUCAGGUUAUAAGAACAUUUUUAUAUUAAAGAUCUGGCUUUUGCUACAUAUAAACAUAUUUCAGAAUAUUUCAUCAGUGAAAAUGUCCAGAUUUUCUCCCUGUUGAUCAAAACUUCAAGAACUUUCUGCUUCUCCUCCGAAUGAAAAGUCGUAAAUAUCCUUGUAUCCACGACCAGUCUGACAUUUAAAUGCUCCAGCUUGCAGCACUGUGGUGCUUUCGCAGCAGAAUCAUUUCCUCAGUCUCCUGUGGAUUCUGGCGUGCAGCGUCAAGCUCAGGGUUCAUGUUCAACAGUUUUUCACUAAGCCAAAGUACAAUAAAGCCCAGCAGAGGGGAAAUGAGAUGGAGGAAGUCUGUGGUCGCCCUGCAGUCAGCAGGAAAGCAGCAGGAAGCAUCAGUGAACCCACAAUGGAGCCCGGCAACGAGAAAAAACCCCAUAGCAACACUUCAAGUCUGCUGUUCAACAGGACUGGUGGAAAAUCGAUUAAUCAUGAAAAAGGAUCAAACUGAACACUUUACUUUUAGGUUACUUGGUGCUUUUUCCUAUCUAUUGGACCUUUAACUCUGGUGGAGAAUAGAAGAUAAUCCAAGAAUCUCCCAAAUGUAUGAAAUGAGAAGAUAUUCUCUGAAAUAUCUCAAUAAUGCAGCAAAUGAAUCAAAAUGGACUGAAUCAAAAGUCCUUCUGUUAAACUAAAGUCUCUGAGCUCAGAACACAGUUCAUUGUUCCUCUUUUUUAAAAAUCUCUAUAAGGAAUGUUUUAAUGAAAAUAUUUAUGGAUAUAAAUAUCUCUCUUCCUGAUUGUAGACCAGAGGAUAUGUAUUUAACCCCGCGCUGCCAGGUUCUCUGAACGUUUAGAGAGGCCGUGUGUCUCUGACCUCCAGCUGUUUCCAGAAGCUUCAUCUGAGCUGAAAUCAUCCAGGAAGUCUGGGAAUGAAGCUGCUCUCUGCUGGACUGGGGCGGAGACGCGGCUCUGCCAGGUACGGCCCGUGUAAAGUUUGAGCCGUCGGGUUAAAUUUCUGUAGGUCUGACCCUCAGGAGUCCACAGAGGAUCAUCCUCCUGAACCAGCUGGUUUAUACACCGAGAUUUUACAAAGUUUGUUCAUGCUAACACAGGAAACGGUCUCUAUGCGUUUUUAUUCCCAAAAUAGGAAACGCUAAUAAAGGAACGCUGAUUCAUCUCUGUUCCUCCCUGUAUGCUUAAAAUUAACUCUUUAGCAGAAUUUUUUGUAUCUAUUUUGAAGAAUUUCCAGAAAGCUGACAUGUUUCAGUGCUGCUCAAAACGUAAAGGUCCAUGUUGGUCUAAAUGUUGUGGCAGUCGCUGCUUUGACUUGGUGAUUUUUCACUUUUUAUUUUUGGCAACUUUGCGCUUCCAUAUUUGUGGACAAACAAGGAGCAGAAGGACGAACAAACAGGAAUUGGUUUUUGGCCUGUAGUUUGUUGAGCAGUAAAGACGCAUGUUCUCCUGGAUUCUCCUUGUUCUUUUCCUGGAGUGUUGCAUUUCAAAAAUACGGUAUGUUUUUCUUUCCUUUUUUUAUGUUUAUUUUUACAUGAUUAAAAAACAAAGCGAGUAUAUGAAGAUGAUGUGGUUGUUCCCAGCAAUCAGUGUAAUCUAAUUUUUUUUUAGUUGAACUUGCAUCAGAUUUGUUGUUAUUGAUCCAGACAGAAAUGAUAAACUUAUUUUAUUUUGGAUUCAUCCAGAGGAAAUGAAGCUGCGGUCCGGUUACCUCGGGACAGAGUCCAGUUUGACGUUACGUUCGGCGGCGGUUUUCAUCCCCUCACUAUCCAUGCACCAGUCGUGGUUCAUGUUUGGUACCAACAGUCUUAGUGAGCCGAUCAUUUCCACACGGCGCUAAACAAACUCACUGGAGAUUUGUGACUUCUGACCACUUAGACAUGAAGUUGGACAUUUGUAUCUUAAAUUAGCAUCCUGGAAAACUCCUUAUAACAAAUCCACCUGUUCUCCUUCCCUUCCCUGGUUUAAUGGAUGCAUUACCUCAGCCAUGGGUUCCUCUAGAACGUUUUGGUGAAAUGUUUGAACUAACAACGUUUUAUAAUGAUUGGUGUUGUGAUUAUCAAAGCAAUUGCAAACUAAACAUUAAACGAUGAGCUUGUGUCAUUAUUCAGAGCAGCUAAUAUUAUAGAAGUAGUUUGGCUGCUUAUAAAAUUAACCAAUUACAUUUGAAAUUUUGAGUGCCUGACUUUUAACUCUGACCUUGAAAAGCCUGAGAGCUGAAAUGUUACAUAUCAAAUAAAGUUUGUAGCUACUUUUCCCCCUAAGCUACAAUAAAUAUGAGUGCAUUUUAAACAGUAAACUGCUGCCUAAUGGUUUUUGACUGCUUAGAGCAUAAAAAAUGACCAAAACGGAAGUGAAAGAUGUUAAAUGUAUUGAGAUGUUAAAGGAAGGCGUUUGUUUCGUCGGUGUGAGCAGUUGUGGUGUUGCUGUGAAAACGGAUCCCUGCUGCUGCACAUUUUCACCAAAGCACUUCCUCCUUCACUUCUCAUGAAGGCUGAGAUAAAAUUGGAAGUAAGUUUCAUUAAAGCUUUUAAACUUUUAUUUGAAAACUUUUGUUCACUUUCAGUUCACUUUUUCUUUCUAGCUGUGAGAAACGCCUCUGUCUCUCAUGUGCUUCGUGGCUGAACACAAUAUUCACCAAAUGGCUUAAAUAUAAGUUCUUUUUGAACAUUUAAACUUGGUUAUGUUAAAAUAUACCAACAUUUAAUGAAGAUUAACCUGUUCUUUAAAAACUUAUAAUUGAGAUAAAGAAGUCUAAAUAAACAUAAGCGAUGAGGAAGUAUCACCUCUCUAACAGGAAGUACAGAUGACCUUCAAAAAGCUGCUCAUACCAGACACUUUAUUUAGUCGGAACAAGAACGAUGCGUCGAACAAUGACUGAACUAAAACGGAUUAAAGUUCAUUUAUUUCUGAUCCUGGGGCUUCAGUUUACUGUGUGUGCAGAUGGAUCAUCUGUUUUCGUGAGAUCUGGGGAUAACACGGUUUUGUCUUGCCAAGAUGUGAUAAAUGGUCAGAUAAACUGUAAUGGUACCGUAUGGGUCUAUAGUAACACCAGCUACUCAGUAGAACUGGUUACACUGGGAAAGGUUAACAAUGAUCAGAGUAAAUCUAACAGACUGAGUGUUGCAGCAAACUGUUCUCUGGUAAUGAGGAACAUCACAGUGAAGGAUGCUGGUUAUUAUAAUUGCCAACAAUAUAAAUCUGGAACUGAACCCAGUAAACACAUUCUGGUUCAUCAGUCUGGAGUUUCUCUGUCUGUCGUCCACAUGACUAAACAGAAGGAUACAGAUAAAGUGACAUUAAACUGCUCUGUGGAGACGCGUGGUGACUGUGGAUACAGAGUGAAAUGGCUGCAUAACUGUUAUACUGGGAGUAUCGCUUUGAUCAACUGUGCAACACGACACUCUGGCUGCUCUGCUGCAGUUUGUUUUAUGCAGGAUUUCUACUCACAGAGCUGUGAGUUCAAGUGUGAAGUCAUAAACGGUGAAACCAAACAGGCCUUCAACUUCAACCGUCAGUCCACAGAAGAUAAAUCAGGCGAAACGACAUGCAACGCAACAAAAAAACUUGAAGAUACCACAACAUCAGUUCCGACUAGAAAUUCUUUGUCCAAUGAAGGUAAUGAAUGA